UGGGUGCACCAACGGAGAAAAAAAGGAUUAUUAGUAGUAUUUGAAUAUAAAGGUACUGCUGGAGCGCUUGAAUAUCGCCAGAAGAUGGCGGCAAGUACAACGGUGUGGUGGUGACAUGGCUACAAAACAGACUGGCGAAGAAGAAACACAUCGAAAGAAGGUUGUGCGCGAUGUGAGGAUGUCCGGGAUGGCUUCCUGUUGCAUCAAUCAUCCGCUGAGGCGCUAACCAGGGACAGACGACCCGACCCGAACCGGAGAACGGGGGUGCACAAUGGAGUUCCCUUUCGCGGCCUUUUGUUUCAUGCUCGCAGUACUGCUAUCUGCGGCGCUCAUCCUCAUCGCCGUUUUCCACUUAUACGUUUUUGACGAGUUGAAGAAGAACUCCAAGAAUUUUAUAGAGCAUUGUUACGGUUUAAAUUCGCUGGUGCUCCCCGAGUACGGCAUUCACUUCUGCAUCAUGUUCUUCUGCGCCACCGAGUGGUUCACGCUCUUGUUCAACCUGCCGCUGUUGGCCUACCACGUCUGGAGGAGCAAACCCGCCAGGUGUCCAGGAGUCUACGACCCCAUAACCAUCUUGGAUGAUGGCACCCUGACAUUGUGUCAGGUGGAACACUGGUGCAAGCUGGUCUUCUACAUCCUCUCCUUCAUCUACUACCUCUACAGUAUGAUCUACGUUUGGGUGACCUCAUAAGGUUGGAAGCACGAGCGAUGACAACAAAACUGGUCUGGACGCUCGGAACUUGGAGCUGUGUGAACCCACUCUAGGGAGCGGCCGGAGAUCGCCAUAGUAAGCGACCCCGGACGCCAUCUUGAAUCUCUCGGGCGGCGCCCACACUGCGACAUUUUGCGGAUCAAACCAAUGAUGUAGAAUUAAAAGCACCCUUUCACGUGGUAAUUCGGCUUCAACUUCCGGUCAGGGCAAAACAUUGCUUUGUGUACUAUUUCAUGUGAAAUUUAACAUCCUUAGAAUUGUAAAUUAUGAAACAUAAUAUUGAAUUUAAUUGGAAUGCGUCAGGUUCUGCUUUUUUGGUGUCAAUAUGGAUCUUUCUUGUUGCGCAAUUGGCUGUCAAAACCGUGCAGGCGGUCACAAAGAAGUAACUUUUCACCAGGAAGUGCGUUUCAGUUGAACAUUUAUAAUUAUGAAUGUGGAAAAUAUGUCAUUACAGUGCAGAUUAAUCUGUUUGGAGUAUCACAGCUUGCCUUCUAUCACUGAUAAUAUACGAUCACAAUUCUUGUACAUCACAGUCACUCAUAUAUAUUUCAGAAUCACAGCAUAUCACAAUUAUGUAUUGCAGGUUAUAUACUGUUGAAUGUAAAUCAGUGGUCUCAAACUCGGUUCACCUCGGAGCCGCUGGAGGAAGAUUCUGGCUGAUGCUCGGCCGCACGUGCACGAAAUUUAAGUGGGGGGGGGGGUUGGGGAGUGUUUCACAUUCUUUAACACAAAAUAAGAUAAACAAGGAAGCUCGUGUAAAUAACUCCUGUGCAAAACUAAUAAAACUUUCCAUGGCAACACCACUGCAACUUUCGCUCAAUGAAAAAUGUUUUUCUGCUUGCAUCGACGCUUCUCGCUGUCACGCCCCCGAGAGCCACAAGCCCACCGUGAUCAGGUGGGGUUGUCGGCUCCCCACACAGCACCGUAAAAGUGGCAUUCAUGCAAAACUUUCGGGCCGCGUUAUUAAUUGCCAUAAUUUCCUGCAUAUAAACCACGACUUUUUUGACACGCUUUAAACCCCGCGGCUUAUGCGGUGAUGCAGUUAUUUUGUGGGUUUUUUCUAAUGGCCGCAAGAGGGCACUCGAGCGGAAAAGGUAAGAGUGAGAUUGGUGGACGCAAGUGACUUUUACCGGAAUUUAAAAAAAAAAUGUUUUUUUUUUUUUUUUUUUUUAAACCGUCCCUGUUACUGCGGUGUCUAAAGUGAUUUUUACCGGUAUGUUUUUUUUUUUUUUUGUUAAUUUUAAACCAGCCCUGUUAGUGUGUUUCUGCUGUUACUGCCGCGUCUUAGUAAUUUAGGUAUGUUUUUUUUUUUUUUUUUUUUUUUUUUAAACAGCUGUAUUAGUGCUGUGCUUUCUUAGUCUUCAUUUUAGAGAUUCAACAUAAAUGGCUUGAAAAACACCUUCAGUUUUUGGUCUUCAACAAAAAUACCCAUUUAAAAAAAAAAAAAAAAUCCAGAAAAUUGAGUCCUAAAAAUGAUGGGAGUCUCCAUAAAAGCCCAUGAAAAAGAUCCCUAAAAAUGAAGUGUUCUCCAUCAAAUAGUUUUUAGCAUUAGCGCUGUGCUCGGUGCAGAGGAUGUGACUUUUACCAGUAUGGUUUUUUAUUUUUAUUUUUUUAACCACCUCUGUUAGUGCUGUGCUACUGUGUAACUGCCAUGGCUGUAUUUUUUUAAUUUUAUUUUUUUUUUUUUUAAACUUUUUUUUUUUUUUUUUAACCAGCCCUCUUUGUGCUACCGUGUUGUUGCUAUAUUAAGCUAAGGUAAGAUAUUAAAACUUUGAAAAGUCUUUGUUUACCGUCUUUCUUUGUAAAUAUCUCGUGUUUUGAUGUGGGUUUCAAUAUGGGAACUUGGCACAACAUGUACCAAAUGGUAUUUCCUUUACAAAUGUACUCUCUGAGGUUUAUAAUCCGGUGCGCUCUGGAGGCCGGAAAUUUCGGUAUUUUGAUGGUCUAUGUGGCUCCGUGUUCGAGGUGCGCCCGCAAGAUUUUGAUGGCUUCCUUGGCUGUCAUGGUUACGGAGAGUUUGAUGAGGAGGCAGGCGGUGACUGAAAAAAGAAAAUUUGUAAAUGAGUUUUUUUUUUUUUUUUUUUUGGAUGGAUAUUACAGUCAUUUUUACAGAUUUGAAAAGUGCGUCAACACAGCAGCCAAUCAGAACAAAGACAGCCAAUUUAGCCCCACCUUAUGCAGGAAGCCCAAAACUUAUGUCAUGCGUUAUAACGCGUUGCCUACACUCAUUAAAAAAAAACACACACAUUAAACCAUUAAUUAAAAUUAAAUCCAUUAUCAUGCUUAUAAUAUUAACCCUAACCUGUUUUGCAUCGUUUCAUUAUAUAAAUGUAAUGUAUAUCCAAUUCAAUUGUGUGUCUAGCUAUAUUUUAUCAGGAAUGAAAUUUCAAUAACAACCCAUUUUGUUUCCAAAAAAUGUAUUCAUAGUAGUAGCUACGCUGAAGUGGAUUCCUUCGUGGUGACGUCACGCUGGACAUCUGCUGCCCACACGGUGCUGAGCAAACACUUUGAGAGCGGCGGAGAGUAUAAAGGAGUAUUUUUUUAUUUUUUUUUUUAUAGGUGGAUAAGGAAUAUGGAGAAUUUGUAAUAGGUGGGAAAAUAAGAAUUAUUGAGUAUAUUUAAGUGGGGAAAAGGAGAACAUUUUUUAGAGGUCGAAGUGUGAAAAGAGAAUACAACGAAGUAUUUUUAGAGGCACGGAAGGAAAAGGUAAGAUAGACUUUCACAGGUCCAGAAGAAAUAUCAUGGAGUAUAUUUAAUGCUGCUAUUCAGAAGCAAUAUUUUUUUAUGGUGGUGAAAAUAGAGAAUAUCAAGUAGUAUUUUACAGGUCCCAUUAAAUAUCAAGGAACAUCUUUUGAAAGGACUUAACUGAGGUAAGUUAUCGUUUCGCUUUCAAAACCCUUCUUUGACUUAAUUUUUCAUGUGAAAUUGGGUAUAAAUAUAUCCCUCCAGAAGAAUUUUUUGGGCCUAUUUUUGUUGUUUAUUCGUAGCGCCCGCGGCAUCUUUUGACGAGCCUUGUAAUGUUCGGCAGGCUGCAGCGGGCUGACCUCCCGCAGGGCCACGCACGACCCACAGCUCCUUGGCGGGCCUCGUCACUUCCUGGAGCAGAGGGGCCGCCAGCGGGGGAGGGCCCCGCCUCAGCAGAAACAGUUUGGGGAUUUUGACCCCGAGUGACCUCC